AUGCUUUUGUCAUGGAGCUACGACAGUUGGUUUGUAACAAACCUUCGAUGCUCCAAGAAAACCUUUUUACGCGAGCACUCCCAUAACAAAAAGGUCGCUGCUGCGCUUUACUUCAUGGGUUCGACCGGAGGAUACAGGGAGGUUGGAGUUGUUCGAGCUCUAAGGGCUGCAGCUCCCCAAAUUGUGGCAUUUCCACGGGACCAAGGCGGUUGGGAUGCAAUCAAGUCAGAAUUUGCGGCGCGACAUGGGUAUCCUGGUUGCUACCCGGCGUUGAAUGUGCAAGCGAUCGUCACCAGUGAUAAUGUUUUCUUGAGUGCUGAAGUUCGUUCUGGCUCUUGGUCGGAUCGAAAGUGCUGGCAGUAUAGCAAAAUUGGUCGAACGUUAUACAGUACGAUACCACCAGGAACUCAUUUUAUUGGUGACGCUGGAUACGCAUUACUGCCUGGACUUAUAGUACCGUACAGUGAUCGGGAAGAGGGUGGAGAGCUGUCACCCAGACAGAGACAAUUUAACGUUUUGCACUCAAGUACUCGCAUGGCUGUAGAGAGCACCUUUGGAAUUUGGAAAGGUCGUUUCAGAAUACACCACUGA